AUGACCCAGCUUCAGAGCAGCUGCUGCUCGCCCGCGGGCGCCUCUCACCGCUCCGCUAACGCAGACCGACGUGCCCUCCUCCCAUCAUCCACCUGCUCCGUCUCCAUGGAGAAGGUUCACUACUGUGAGAGAUUCACGAUUGACCUGGAGCUCCUGGACAUGUUGAAGUUCUACACUGGCUUUGAGAUCAGUGAUCAGACAGGAAAUGCACUCACGCAGAAAGAGAUGACCACACUUCACUACGACAGAAUCACCUCUCUACAGUCCCAAUGCCUCCUGCCUGAGCUUCCUGGUGGAGAAGACACGCCCUACCAUAACAAAUUCCUUCUGGAACUGCUGGUUCAAAUAUCACAAGUGUCCCGCCAUGAGAGACAAAUCUCCCAGAUAGAACAGCUCAACCAGAUGCCUCUGUACCCCACUGAGAAGAUCAUCUGGGACCAGAACAUCGUUCCCACUGAGUACUACUCUGGAGAAGGAAAUUAG